AUGACGACCACCGGAGCGCAGUCUUCGCCGAGCCGGGGAGGAUGGAGCAGCCUCGAGGAGGAGCUGGCUUACUACAAGUCUCAGUACGAGACGCUGGAGAUGGAGCUGCAGGAGUUUCAGGCAUCAAGCAAGGAACUGGAGGCCGAGCUCGAGCGCGACGUCGAGGAGAGCGAGAAGCGGGAGCGCAAGCUGCAGGAAAAGGCAGAGAAGCUGGGGUUCGAGGUUGAGGAGUGGAAGACAAAGUACAAGCAGAGCAAGGCCGAGGCCAACAAUGCGCAGAACACGCUCCAGAAGGAGAUCACCACGAUGCGCGAGAGCCAACGCGCCCUCCAGAUGCGACUCCGCGACAUCGAAGUACAAAGCGACGAUUUCGAGCGCCAGGCACGCCAUCAGACAUCAUCACUCGAGGAUGUGGAAUCCAAGUACAACGUAGCCAUCGAGCGCAGCGUCAUGCUGGAAGAAGAGAUCAAGAUCGGAGAGCAGGAGCGAGAGGCACUGCGGAUAGAAACACAGCGCCUUAGGGACGAACUGUCAGACCUGCGGGUAGAGGCGGAAAUCACGCAGGAGAAGUUGCGCAUCGCGGAGGAGACGAUUGAGAACCACCACGUGCGUAAGGUAUCCAACCAUCUCUCUGGUGAUGCCCUGAGGCCACGCUCGCCGGUCUCCGAGGCAUCGACCACAGCAACCACCGUCUCCUCGCCCACAGCUGCUUCGACCCCACCACACUCGAAAGCAGAUGGCCUACACACGGACGCGACUCCUCCUUCGCCACCGCUGUCCGAUGCACCGAUCACGACUAGAUACGUACCCUCGACGCCCAUGCCCAAGCGAAAGAACUCUCCCAAGGCACUCGCGAGGGCCCAGCAUGUCAGCAUCGCGACCAAGUACAAGUGCCAGUGGGCGGGCGACACCCUCGAUACGAACAACUGCGCCCGCAUCGCGAGCGCCUAG